AUGACAGAAUUUCUCGAAAAGUUCACCUGGCUUUAUUUCCCCGAUCCAAAUGUGCCGUUCUUCCGUGUCACAAUACUCAGUCGAUAUGGAGAGGUGACACCGGAUGGUAGCAAGUUCUGGUCGCUGAUGUGUGAAUGCGCACGACCCAUCGAUGAUCCAGUAACAGAAGAAGAGAUCGUGAAGCAAGCCAUUGACGGUUUGGUUAUCAAGAGCAUGAUCCAGCGCGACAAGAUCGCCUCAGUCUACUCCACAACCUUGGAAUAUGGGUAUCCCAUCCCAACUCCAGCGAGAGAUCUCCGAACUCCGCCUCGUGCACAUCGUGCUUGGAGAAAGCACACUAAUCUACUUCGAGAGGUACCGUUUUGGUGGUCUGAAUAUGAAGUGUCGAAUCAGGAUCACUGCUUCAUCCAAGGCAAAGAGUCUCAAUUGUAUCGUGUGGUAUUGAACGAGCCUGAAAAACUGUACAAGACUGGUCUUGCUGAGAGACAAGGAUGA